AAUGCUAACACCACCCCAAUUACAAUAUUUGACUGAACGCUUUAAUAGAAGAGUUUUUGAUAGAUAUCAAAUAAUUUUGAAGAUUUUUCAGGCACACGCAAGAACAAAAGAAGCAAAAUUACAAAUUAGUUUAGCUCAAAUUCCUCUUCUAAGAGCCAAAUUAAAUUGCGGUAUAGAAGAUAUCGACAUCAGUUAUGAACAGUUGAGCGAAAAAGAAGCAAGAAUUCGAAAAUCUUUAGAACGUAUAAAAAAUCAUAGAAGAUUCAUAAAAAAGGAAAGAGUUAAAAGAGAAAUACCUAAUGUUGCGGUAAUUGGCUAUACAAAUGCCGGUAAAACAAGCUUAAUAAAAGCACUAACAAGAAAUACCAAGUUACAACCGGAAAACAAACUUUUUGCUACCAUUGACGUUACCACCCACCCUUGCCAAUUGACUAAUAACAUUAAUGUUUUAUUAACAGAUACAGUAGGAUUUAUAAGCGAUAUUCCGACAACUCUUGUCGAACCAUUUUCAGCUACACUUGAAGAUAUAAAUACGGCUGACGCUAUUAUUCACGUCAGAGAUAUAAGUCAUCCAGAUACAGAUUAUCAGAAGUUAAAUGUAGAGAAAACGCUUCUGAAGCUAAACGUAUCUGAAAAGGUAAGAUCAAACUUGAUAGAAGUUUGUAACAAAGAAGAUCUCUUAAGCGAAGACGAAAGAGAAAAAAUUAAAGAAACACAAACAAGGAUUCUAACAUCAGUCUCUAAUGGAAAUGGUUUAAAAUGUCUUUCCAAUGUCAUUGGGAAGGUUAUACUUAAGACUACUGAUAGAAGUCUAAAGAGAUUCCGUCUGAAGAAUGGGGGUGCAAUCUAUCGUUAUCUCAGUUCUGAAAAUCUUAUUAUAGAUACAAAAGUUGAUGAGGAUAAUUGUGAUAAAUUAAUUAUUACUACAGCAUUAACUGAUAGACAAUUGUCAAUGUUAAAUUCCAAAUUUAGACGAGAAACAAUAACGAAAUAA